AUGGACAGAUCAAGAGGGACACAGCUGUAUGAUGUCCCUGACAUCACGGACAGUCCAAGAAGGACACAGCUGUAUGAUGUCCCUGACAUCACUGACAGUCCAAGAAGAACACAGUUGUAUGAUGUCCCUGACAUCACUGAAAGUCCAAGAAGAACACAGCUGUAUGAUGUCCCUGAUAUCACGGACAGUCCAAGAAGAACACAGUUGUAUGAUGUACCUGACAUCACUGACAGUCCAAGAAGAACACAGUUGUAUGAUGUCCCGGACAUCACGGACAGUCCAAGAAGAACACAGUUGUAUGAUGUACCUGACAUCAUUGACAGUCCAAGAAGAACACAGUUGUAUGAUGUCCCUAUCCUCGCUGUCAGUCCAAAGAGAACACAGUUGUAUGAUGUCCCUGACAUCAUGGACAGUCCAAGAAGAACACAGUUGUAUGAUGUCCCGGACAUCACGGACAGUCCAAGAAGAACACAGUUGUAUGAUGUACCUGACAUCACUGACAGUCCAAGAAGAACACAGUUGUAUGAUGUCCCAAACAUCACUGACAUUCCAAGAAGAAGAACACAGUUGUAUGAUGUCCCAAACAUCACUGACAAUCCAAGAAGAAGAACACAGUUGUAUGAUGUCCCUAUCCUCACUGACAGUCCAAGAAGAAGAACACAGUUGUAUGAUGUCCCUGACAUCACUGACAGUCCAAGAAGAACACAGUUGUAUGAUGUCCCUGACAUCAUGGACAGUCCAAGAAGGACACAGCUGUAUGAUGUCCCUGACAUCUCUGACAGUCCAAGAAGAACACAGUUGUAUGAUGUCCCUGACAUCACAGACAGUCCAAGAAGGACACAGUUGUAUGAUAUCCCUGACAUCACUGACAGUCCAAGAAGAACACAGUUGUAUGAUGUCCCUGACAUCACGGACAGUCCCAGAAGGACACAGUUGUAUGAUAUCCCUGACAUCACUGACAGUCCAAGAAGAACACAGAUGUAUGAUGUUCCUGACAUCACGGACAGUCCAAGAAGAACACAGUUGUAUGAUAUCCCUGACAUCACUGACAGUCCAAGAAGAACACAGUUUUAUGAUGUCCCUAUCCUCGCUGGCAGUCUAAGAAGGACACAGCUGUAUGACUUCCCUAUCAUUUUUGACUGUCUAAGAAGAGCACAGUUGUAUGAUGUCCCUGACAACACGGACAGUCCAAGGACACAUUUGUAUGAUGUCCCUGACAUCACGGAAAGUCCAAGAAGGACACAGCUGUAUGAUGUCCCUGACAUCACUGACAGUCCAAGAAGAAGAACACAUUGUAUGAUGUCCCAAACAUCACUGACAGACCAAGAGGGACACAGCUGUAUGAUGACAUCAUGUCCCUGA